AUGUCAAGUGAUGGUGGCAUCGAAGAAGGUCUCCGUGAAAAACAGAGACGCAGGAAACGAGAAACAAAAACAUUUAGAAGACUGCAAUUAUGUCUUUGGGGGCUGUGCUUGACUAUUGCGUUUCUUUAUGCACUUUCCGAAAUUUGGAUUGUGGUUACUCAGAGACCGGUGGUGAAAAUUAAACGUGCCUUGAGAGAUUAUAUACCGAUGCCAAAUUUGGACAUCGCUUUUAAUUACAGAUUUAAUGUCACGUGUCAGUUUAAAUAUAUGAGUAUACAGCCAGAAGGAAAAGACAAAUACGGCAAAUACAAUGCGCGCAUGAUCACAUAUAAUUUCUCUACCCCCAAUGUGCCACCAUUGAAUUUUAGUCGACCUGAUCAACGAUAUGGUGCUCAUUUCACCAUUGUUUUAGAUGAUGAUUCUUAUAACGCCACGAAUGAUUUAGGAAUGUUUGUAACUGCUGUCGAUACAGAAUUCGAUCCUUAUACAUUGCCGGAUAACACACGUAACACCGUUGAAAAGUUGGAUCCGAACUUCUUUGCCUCCCUCAAUAAUACUAACAAAAAUAUUAUUGGAACUUUUGCGAGAAAUUUUAUGUUUAUCAAACGAGAAAUAUCAAAACGCGUAAACCCAACUUGGAUAAGUUAUACGGGAUUCCCUUCGCAGCAUGUUUCUAUCCCCUACAUUGUCACUAGCUUUGAAUCUGCUUCUAUUCCCGGCGCCAGCAAGAAUGUUACGGCUAAUUUACUUUCUCGUGGAAGUGUGUACGGUGAUCUACUCGUUGGAACAUUGGAUUGGGUGGUCGAAGAGAGAAAUGAAUAUCGGGACAAAACCAAACAAACUGUCACCAGAGAUUACGGAAACUCGCCCGCACCAUUUAUUGAGAAAGCUGAUCCAAACCAGGCUAUCCUUGAUCGAAUCAAUAAUUUCGAAGCAUUCUUGAAAAAAUAUGUUGUCAAAACUGAUUAUAUACGUAGUAGAAAAGAUAUUGAGGACGAGGAAGCUUUAUUGGAUCAAGAAAACCAAAAUGGGGCAAAUGGUAACUCUUCGUCGACAUCUUCGCCAUCCACAUCAUCUAUUCAUGCCCGUCGACCAACAUUGCAACCUGAUGAUCAAAUACAAGUUCAAUCUCAACCUCAGCCAAACAAGACAACGAAUAAUCCAAGCACACCACAAGAUCCAUUUGCUGAUGGAAGUGGAAGUGCAACUCAACAUGGCGUAGCUGAUCCGCAAGACUCGUUAUCUGCAAAAAUAAAAAGAAAACCAGUUGACAAUGAUAAUCAGAAAAAUGCGGUUCCUUCAUCAUCGGAUCCAUCCAGUAAAAUUAUCAAAAUUGUCCCAGCUGCUGUUCGCUUCGGAUUAACAGGCAAGAAACGAAAUUCUGGAUCAUCUGAGAAAUCCAAUAAACCUUCUAAUGAAACUGCAAAUCAGUCGCCAACUUCUGCUGAUGAUACGAUUCCUUCCUCGACUAAUAUUAAAAAGCCAAGCAUGACUGAAGAUAAACCUACAUCAUCAGACAAUGGAAAGACUGGUGGAGCCCAGAAAACUGCAGCUGCGAUUGGAGCUGGACUUGCUGGCAUUUGGGGAGUUAAAAAUAAAAAUAAAAAAAGCAAUCCUGUAUCAUUCGGCGAUAAACCUACCUCGGAUGAUACUAGCAAAAAUGAGAAACCAACAGACGAGGAUAAAAUUGUUGUGUCCCAAAAUCCUACGGGUCCUCAUGCUAUUAAAAAAGACGAUAAAUCUGGUCAUAGUAAACAGCGUGCACCUACAACUAUUGUUCCUGGUAAAGGGAUAAGCAAUGAAAAAGCGGAUUCCAUAGCUAGUUCUCCGAUUGAAGAAAGAAAGCAAUCAGUAUCGUCUCUAACUUCAAGUGUUCUUCGAGAAGAAAAAUAUCCAGAUCCCGAUCUUAUUACAGAACACGAAAAGUUUGUGUCUGAUGCGGAAAUUUUAUUUAAAGAAACAGAUUCAAAACGCUCUUCUCAAUCUACAACAAAAGCUGGCGUUUUUGAUAAUGUUGCCGGGUCAACGGUUGUGGAUCAAACAUUUAUUAAUACAAUUAUCUCUGAGGCUGAGGAAACGCCACGCAAUUCUUUCCUUUUGGAUGCUCAAGCAGCAGCCAAUGCUGAACUGUAUUUACAGCAACAAGCACUAGGCUCAUCGACUGAUCAUUUACAAGUCGGCACCGUCUCAUCGAACCAAUUAUUCACUAAUAGUAAACGAGAUAUUGAAGUAAUAUCGAUAAAAUCAACUAGCUCACAUAUUACAGAGGUGGUUAAGGUUAAUACCGCAAAUAUAGAUUCUGGAGGUGCUGCGGAAUACGCUGAACAAGUAAUGAAAAGUUACGAGACUCAACAAAAGAUACGUACUUCUGAUGCACCUUCCUUACCGCCUCUUAAGAAUUUGGAGGCACUUAUUGAUCGACGUGAUAGUACAAUGACAGAAUUCUCGCAAACUUCCACCCGGGCAGCUUCAGUACAAUUAAGUUCCCCAGGUUUCUCAUACGAUGAUCCACGUAGGGAAAGUACCUUAACAAAUGCGUCAACUGAAGUUGGAGAUACCUUAACAAAAGUUAUCCCUCAAAAAAGAAUAGACAUCAUAAAGUAUAUCGAUGAAGAUGGCAAUGAAAUUGAUCCGGAUGAAUUAGGUGAUGGUUCGAAGUUUGAAAUUGUAGAAGAAAAGACGACUGUUGAAUAUAUUGAACAAAAAGUAGCUUCUUCCGAUUCUGAGAAUGAAGAAUGGGCCACCCCAAUAUUACUUUUCAACAAAAACCUCGGAGAAGAAUGGAAAUCUGUCGCGGAUGAAAUGAAGAAAAAAGAAGAAUGGCGCGUCAGAUUCCUUGAGAAUACUCAAUCAACACCAGGAGACCUCACAUUUCCAAAGUCGAAUGUCACAUUUCUUUGUCUCUCUUACAAGGAUUGGGAACCGUUGAACUCUGAUAAUCAAAAACAAGAUCUUAUUCAGAAACUAAUUAAAAGAAUUCAACUUUGUAAUCAACGUUAUCGCAAGGUUUACCUCUUGAUCUAUCUUGGAUAUGGAAAUAUGCAACCGUUGUACGAGAUUCAAAUUCGGUUACUCGCAUCCUACGCGAUGAUAAAGAUCUUUCCAGUUCAUAAUGUACAAGAAAUUAUCGAUUUCAUCUCGAAGAUACUUCAUCCCGACAUUCAACCGGACAUUCAGCAAUUAGCAAAAUGGAAAGAACAAAGCGUCAAUGAUCCAACAAACUUGAUUGCUACCAACAAAUGGGUGCAUCUUGUUGCUCAAAUGUCUGCUGGAACGGAAAAGUUACGAUUACAUGAGUGCUAUGUACUUCAGGAAGGUCUUCAGACAAUUUAUAACAUCGCCACUGCCACUGAAUCGCAGCUACUGGAUUGUUCACUAGAUCGUGAGACUGCCCAAAAUAUUGUAAAGUUCUUUAAAGAAGAUUACUUAGCUUAA